GUGACGCAUGGAAUAUGCGGAGCAGAGGUGCAAGCGAUCUUGCGGGACGUGAUUGAUUGACGGGGUAUAGGGAGACCGAGUGAAACGGUAUUCGCUGCCGCCCACCGAUCAGUGGGGGACCUGAACCCGAGUGUCACUACUAAGCUCCGCCCCGGGAAGCUGUCACGCCAACCGGCUUAAAUCCUGUCGUGCGGUCGUCGUGUCGGAGUCGGAGACCGGAGUGGAUCCUGGCGAUCGUACGCAGAGUGGAGUGGGGACCCUUCUAUGCCCUGUGUCAGUCCCUCAUGCAACCCGUGGUCGAGCGUACACUUUGUUUCGCGCCUUAUUCAGGUCCAUCACUAUUUUCCUUUAGAUUCUUCAAAAGCAGAACUCAUUUUUCAUACCUAUUUGUUUCGAGCUCUUUGUCAGUUAAGACAGAUAUGACAUGAAACUUAAAAAAAAAAACCCUGGUCAAACGCGACCACAAAAAUGAAAUAAUAAUAAUAACAAUAAAAUAAAAAUGAACAGACACCAGCGGCGCUACGGCAAGGUGCCCAAAAACGAGAGCGACACUCGAGUCAAAGUUUACAAGGAGUUGGGCGCCAAGCUCGAGGUGGUGUUGGCUCCGAAGAGCAAGGACUUCGCCAAACCCAUGACCAACAGAAGCUGCUUCGUGGCGCCAGAGCAAAGGGAUUUUGGACAGUUCACGAAUUGCCCUGAUUAUAAACAGAAUGACUUCUAUCAAGUCGAUAACAUAGGGCCGAUUAUACCUAACACAAUAGGGAAGUUGAAGGAAUUGAAAAAUGUGAUUUGCGUCAGUUCAAAUAAAGUCGAGCAUGGCUCGCAAUGUAAUCCUCCUGUUAACGAGUAUUUGACCACGUCCGAUGGAUCGCAGUGGCAGAGCGUUGAGAACAUCGACGAACUCGACAAGUACAUAGAUAAUGCUAGUGUAGAAGAUCGCCUAACGAAAAUCGACUACGAAAAAUCACAGAACAUAGAAAUAUCCGAAGCGCCUCGAGUGAAAGUCAUAAUCGAAAAAUUUACAAAAUAUAAAAAGGAUAACAUCGAACUGCGUAAAUUGGACGAGAGGGUCGUAUGUGUCGAGUACGACGUGUUCGGUCAGUCUGGGACCGGGGAGUCGGUCGCUCUGCGAAAGAUGAGAGUUUUCUUUUCAAUAAAACCAUCAUACAAAGACCAGUCUGGAAACGAAUUACCAUUGCUCAAUAAAUUCACUUCUGAUUUAAAACGUAACUUUGGAGUGACAGACGAUGAUUUGCACAAAAUGAACGGAAAAGAAGUCGAAAUCAUAGACAAUGAAAUACCCGAAAACAAACCUUACUUGGACGACUUAAGAAAGAUAUUAAAGAGAAAACAGAAUGGCGACAAAAAAGUUAAAAAUAAUCAAGACCUUUUGACGUUGUAUGAAAUGGCAAAUAAAGAUGCAUCCGGUCAACAUUUUUCAAAAAUCCUAACCAAAGAAGAGCUUCAAGACAUUAAGGAUUUAAUUCUAAAGGAAUGUACUUCGAGUGCUCAUGGGAUCAGUAGGAGAAAGAUUAAAAGCGGAGAAGAGAAUUUCGGCGAGAGAGAAGUCAAAGAACCGUGUGUGCCUUCGAAAAGUAUAGUGGCCGAAUUACUGAGAGAAGACGGAAGGACUAAUGUGUUUAAAUAAAACGUAAAUGAUGAAAAUAUAUUUUAUUGGAACUUGCAAUAAAGUUGAUAAUCGAACAACAGGUUAUAUUAAUAUAUUAUUGAUUAUAUUAUAUCACAAAUGUUGAAUAAUUAAAUUUUUAUUGACAAAAGAGCAGAUUGUCGAAAUGUUUCACUUUAAUCAUUUUAUUGUAACAUGACCAUAUGUUUUGUUCAUUUUGAGUUCUUUAUCCUAACAAAUUUCUUGAUUUUAAAUUAAAAUAAUUAACUGUAAUAUUUAAGAAUAUCACAUGAUUCACAAGUGAAUUUAAUAAUUUCUGUAGCAACUAGGAUGUUUUUUGGCCAUUUUGUGCAGUUUCCGGAUUAAAAGUUGGAUCGAG